AUGCUGAGAAGAUUGACGCCAACAGUAGCAUCAUGGAGGCGGUCGGGAAGGACUCAUGACUUGCAAGCCAAUCCCGUGCGGGGCCUCCGUGUUGUGGCAGCUGUCAACGCUACGACACAGACGGAGACUGCCGUCGACGAUUGCUUGGAGCGAGUCCUGGGCCCCGAUACCGCGCCCUCGAGUGCGUUCGCCGUGGUCUUUUUCGAGGGGCACGAUCACGCCGGGGUGCAGGGCGCGCUGAACUCCUUCGCUGAACGGCGGCCACAAGCCCCGCCCGUGAUCGGGUGCGGGCUGGGGGAGAGCCCUUACGAGCAGCAGAAGAGGCGGCUGAAGCAGCAGCAGUCGGCCCGCCGCUUGGCGCUGGCCUCGUCUUCGCCCUCGGGGAAGCCAGGGCACAAGUUGACCCCUUGGUCAUCGCCGGCGUCAUCGGCGACGGCGCUGUCUUCAUCAGACGAGCCCUCGCAAGAAUCUUCCGAGUCUUUCAGAUCUCCGAAGAUAGUCACGGUGCUCGGGCUGGGUUUCCACGGGGAGGAGUUGGCGGGAGGCGGGGGGGGAAGGGGACGCGUCGAGGCCCUCCCGGUGUACGCCGAAGGGGGGUGCUUCCCGAACAUCCUGGGGAAGGACAGCGUCGUUCGAAUUUUUGAGCUCCCGAAGGAGAAACAGCCGCUUUUUUUCAUGCUGAGCAAGGACGACCAGUCCGUGCCGGCCUCCGACCUUCAGGACACCAACCAGCGGCUUGGGAAUUUGCUCCCGAACUCCACCAGGCUGUGCGCGUUGAGCUCCGGCAAUCCCUCUUCGGUUGUGUCGAGCUUUCCCGCAGGAGAUGCUCCCAUGGUUGGCGUAUGCCUCACGGGAGACAUCCCCCUGCAGGAGCAGGCGGGGCUGGCCCGGAAGACCCUUGGCGCCUUCGGCUUCAACGCAAUCAGCGCCAGCGGCGCCGUCUGCGACGAGCUGUUCGUGCCGUCGCAACCCCGAGCGGCCUGGUUAGACCCCCGGCCCUCGUCGAUAAAGAUGGACACCCUGGAGCGCGUGCAGGAGCAGGUCCGGGCGUUGGAGCAGCAGAGCCGGCAGGAGCGGCGGCGGCAGCAGCAGCAGCAGCAGCAGCAGCUCGGCGUGUUCAAGGUCGACGAGGUUGUGUUUCCCGGCAUGACGAAGCGGUUUCGGAUCUUCGAGCCGAGGUACCGCGCCCUGGUGAAGCAGUGCCUCGCCGAGGACGAGCCCCUCGCGAUCCUGCCACUUUCGAGGGGCGGGAACACCGUCGCCACCACCGCAAGGGUAUCUGGUCUUCACAACGUUGAGGCAGACGGAAGAUGCGAGGUUGAGAUCACCGGAAUCGCUCGGUGUAGCGUCAAGACGAUGUGGAUGAAAGGGGAGAGCUUUGGGCUGUUCGAGGCCGUGGUCGAGCUCUUCGGCGACGAACAGGCCAAGGCAGAGGAGGAGGCGGAGGUAAACACGAGGACGGCCUCCGAGCGGCCCCGGGACGCAACCCCGGACGCUGCGGGCGACACGUCUGGCCAAAAAGAGGCCACUGGCGGCAAUGAAGGUGGUCGGAAAGGAGAGGGUGCGGGUGGAGAUGGCGGCGACGGGGAGGGGCUGAUGGCAGAGCUGCCGGAGUUGGAGCGGUUGCGAAUAGAGGUGUCCGCCAUCAUGCAGAAGGAGUUGUACCGCACCCGAACACGGGGUCGCUCCCCGCUGUGGCCAGGCUGGGACGGGUCGGUCUCCCACGGCGACGCCCAGGCGGCCCUCACGGUCGCCUCGCCGCCGCUACCAACCCCCCCCACUAUCAAGACCGCUGACGAUAGCUUCGAAGCCGCCGCGAGCAGCGGCAGCGGCGACUGCUCCAUCAAUGCCGUUGGCGGCGGUGGCGGCGAAAACGACACCGUUGACGGCAACGGCGGCGGCGGGAUCGGUGUUGGAGACAAGAGCAGUAUCGGCGGCCUUGACCCGUGCGACCUCAACGCGGAAGCCCUGAGCUACUGGGCGGCACACAACGUUGAGGCCGGCGCCCUGAUGAAGCACGAGUGGCUCUCGUCCACCAGCACGUCGGCGCGGCUCAGGGGCGUCCGAGACCUGUGCAGGUUUGCGCUGGCGCGGCACCGGGACCGGAGCGCUGUUGAUGGGGGCGUGCUUUCCCGGCCGCUUUCGGCGUUGCGCGACCUCACGUCGAGAUAGAAGAAGAAAAGCGUCGCAGACGAGCGAGGUGGAAGCAUGUGAUAGCCUUAGGGGAAGCUCGAGCUUUGGGUGGCAAGGGAGGCAGCUAUGUAGUCCCAUUUGCUACAAAGGUAUGAAACCGGAGAGGUGUGCAUGUCUGCCCCCUUUGGUUGCCGUGUUGUGGGGGCGGCGGCGAUGGCGGCGUCCCGUUUUGUUUUGCCGCGCUUACAACAAGAACGUUUGCGGUUUGGUGGUCGGCCGGGGUGCUUGCUUUCGGGGCGUCGUGCGGCUGUGGUGAUGUACAAAACACGUUUUGUGGUGCGGGUUUUGGCUGCGGGGGGUAUUUGGGCUAGGGAAGCCGUGAAAAAAACGUGAAAAAACUCACACGCGCCACUUCCGUCCUCGCCCCAGAUGCCAUAGAAACGCCCUUUUUUUGUUCUCUUGGAUUCAAUGUGGUUCGGUUUUUGUCUAGCGCGCGCCCCUCCCGUCAAUCGACACGAGCAGCCCUUCGUUGUGUUGGUUUUUGACUUGAAAGCAUGGUGCGGGAAAAAGGUGGCCCCAUCGAUGUACUGUACACGGUUUGGCUGGGAUACCCCCAGGUGCGGGUAUACAUGUGUGGGAUUCCAGCCGGUCUUUUUAUUCUUUUGUCGUUGGGCAACACUCCCAUCGAUGGCUGAGUGUUUCUUGGGGUGGCAUCGUUGGUGGUGCCUACUCGUUUCUAGACAGUUGACCAUGAAUAGACAAAAAAACCGAAAGGCAUCUUGAGGUCCGCCUGAACCUCGACGACUCAAUACACAGCAGGGGGGCUGUUUGCCCUCCAGCAGCACAGACGUCUCUUAGCGCCAUAGAGGAAGGGGGGGGGUAUUGUUUUUUUCUUCACUAUGUUUUUUCUCGCUCAUAUUUCCGUGGCUAGAUAGUGUCGCAGGAUGCAGCUGCGGGUUGGGAAGAGCCUGCCGCCUGAAGAUGACAUCACAUGCCACCGGAAUCGUUUCUGGAGCGACUUUUCCUUGUGCUGGGUAUUUCUGCUAUUCCUCGAGCCGUGCCUCUCGCCCAGAUGGGAAGCAGCCACGCCGGUUUUUGGGCAGUAGAGUUAUUAGAGGGAUUUUCAGGAGAUGAGAAAGUUCGCCUGACCUGCGUCAUUUUGUUCAUUAGCGGCUCAGUCGUCUAUAUGUUUGAUACGUUGGAGUCAUCAUUGUUCCCUUGAUAUUGUAUUCCGCUGCCGUGUGGAGGACAACGGAAGCCUCUCGGGCUUGUCCAUUUUGCAAGCGGUAUCGUAGACCCGUGUACGGACCUGUUUUGUACCAUUGUCAGCGAACACUUGGCCAGUCGCAAUACUGCCGCUCCAUGCCUAAUAUAAUAGCGCAUGGCGGCAUUAUGUGCUUGGUGCGGUGCCUGCCUGACAGGGGAAACCCCGACUUGGUUCUGUCCACCUGUUCGGGAUGAAUACCUCGCCUUGGUGUAUAGCAGUGCGCCGCCGAAAGUUUGGCUGUGCCCCUACGCUGGGAAUAGGGGUAGGAGUGGCCGUGCUCUGGCUAUGCCGAUGCCUAUGGACGGUUGACUGGGGAGACCUGGUACUUACAAAAGCCGUAGAGCGUCUCGACGCCGUCUGUGCAUGACGUAACGCCCGAGCAUUAUUGUGUUGUUGUCAAGAUGACAAAUCAAGUAGGGCAAGAGGGGCAAAGAGUAUGUUGGACAGUAUCCGCCCUGGCUCCGGCCUGACGCCAAGAGAGAGAGAGAGAGAGAGAGAUUGUAGUGUUGGGGGUUGUGUAUAUUUUCCCGGGUCAAAUUUUGCAUGUAUAUACCACGUGACAGAGGACAAUAAAACACAAGUCUACCAC